AUGGUGAGAACUGUUGUACCAUCAAUGGGGGAGAGUGGCAAGCGACCACGACAGCGAAGAGAGUAUGACGAGGACAACAAGAAGAAUCACAAGAAACGAUUAAAUGACAAGGAUGAAAGGAAUAACGAUGAACUGGUUGUAUACAGAAUAAUAUGCCCAGAUGAGGUUAUUGGAAGCGUCAUUGGUAAAAACGGGAAAGUGAUAAACUCAAUACGGCAAGAAACAAGAGCCAAAGUCAAGGUGGUGGAUCCAUUUCCAGGGGCCAAGGGUAGGGUUAUAACCAUCUAUUGCUAUGUCAAGUCAAAGGAUGAUGUUGACAUUGAUGAGGAAUAUAGUAGUAGUACUAUUACACCCUUGUGUGGUGCUCAGGACGCUCUCCUUAAAGUUCAUGCUGCCAUCCGUAAUGCAAUUGCAGCUGCUGCAGACUCUGAUAAUAACAAGAGAACAGACAAGGAGGAAUGUGAAAUCCUUGUUCCUUCCAGCCAGUCGGCGAAUAUCAUUGGUAAAUCUGGGAUGACUAUAAAAAAAUUGAGAAGCAAAACGAGGGCUAGCAUUAAAAUUAAUGCCAAGGACGUUUCUGAUCCUACUCAUGCUUGUGCUAUGGACUUUGACAACUUUUUACUGAUAUCAGGUGAACCAGAGUCAGUGAAGAGAGCGCUAUUUGCUGUUUCUGCAAUCAUGUUUAAGUUUGGUCCCAAAGAAGUAGUUCCUCUGGAAACAACAGUACCGGACGUUCCUCCAAGCAUCAUAAUACCAUCAGAUGUCCCCAUAUAUCAUCCUCCACUUGGACUAUAUCCAAAUGCAGAUUCUAUUGGCCCUCCUAGAUCUUUUCCACCCAUCUUAGGUUCUGCACACGUACCGGAACUUCAGGGUUAUGGCGAUCCAAGUGGUUCAUGGCCUGUCUAUUCAUCCAACCUACCUGGACUAGCUACUUUGCAGUCUGGUCCUCCUCAAUCAGAAGAGUUAAUUGUGCGGGUGUUGUGCCCUUUCAGCAAGAUUGGACGUGUCAUUGGCAAGGGUGGUGCGACCAUUAAAAGCAUAAGGCAGGCCAGUGGUGCUAGAAUUGAGGUUGAUGAUACCAAGGUUGACCGUGAUGAGUGUCUUGUUACAGUCAUUGCAGUGGAGUCACCGGAUGACUUGAAAUCCAUGGCUGUCGAAGCAGUUCUAUUGCUCCAAGGAAAAAUUAGUGACGAGGAUGUGGAUACUGUUAGUAUGAGGCUACUUAUCCCUUCCAGAGUUAUAGGAUGUAUUAUUGGGAAAAGUGGUUCAAUCAUCAGUGAAAUCCGGAAGAGAACUAAUGCAGAUAUCCGUAUCUCAAAAGGUGAUAAGCCAAAAUGUGCGGAGGCUAAUGAUGAACUUGUUGAGUUGCUAGGGGAAGUUGCCUGUGUUAGGGAUGCACUUGUUCAGAUUGUUCUAAGGCUUAGAGAUGAUGCAUUGAAAGACAGGGACAGUGGUCACAGUUCUUCUGCUGCUGAUUCGUUAUACCCAGGAGCUCCUGGGCUUCCGGUUACUUCUCUCUUUCCUACUAUGCCUCCUAUUACUCCAUUGGGAUUUGAUCGAAGGGGUGAAGCUGGAAAUAGUUUGGGUUUGCUUCCCUCCAACAGCCUUCACGGAUAUGGAUCUUUGCCAAUUGGGGAAAAUGGCUACGGGACCAUGUCCUCGUAUUCUUCAUCCAAGCUAUAUGGAGGGUUUCCUACACCCCCAACUCGUGAGAUGUUGGUGCCUGCCAAUGCUGUAGGGAAAGUUUUGGGCAAAGGAGGGGCAAACAUUGCCAACAUUCGAAAGAUAUCAGGAGCAAUGAUCGAAAUUUCUGAAUCCAAGGGUUCUAGGGGUGACCGUAUUGCACAUAUAUCUGGCACACCAGAGCAGCAACUUGCAGCUGAAAAUUUAAUCCAGGCAUUUAUAAUGGCUACCUAG